CGCUACCAUUAUUUGCGACUCUGUGGCAUUCAAGAACCUCGUUACAUGUGUCAAAUCACAUUUUUAGCUGUCAGAUAUUGUCAUUUGAAAAAGAUAUAAAACAUUUUUUUUAACUUGAUUGAAAAAUUUCAAUUUUUUCGCUCAUUAAACUAUCAGAACUUACUGCACAAUUUUUGAAAAUAAUAAAGCGAGGAUACAGCUAUAAAAAAGACGGAGAACAAUAAUUGAUUGGAAUAAAUUUAUAUAAAAUUAUCAUGGGUAAAGAUAAGAGUGAAGCGGCAGAAGUUACAAACCAGCCGGCUCUUAGCAACACAAAAUUAGUAAACUUACAAAACACUGAAUUAGGGGGAAUAAAGUCUCGCAAAAAGCCUAAAUUGUUACUAGAUGAUCCCCGGUUUCGUAUAAGGCCUCUACAACAAGUUGUCUCAGCUUGCACUGGAGCAAUGAUAACAGCAAUUUUCAUGACGCCUUUGGAUGUUAUUAAAACUCGCAUGCAAGCGCAACAAACUCAAUUGUCUAAUAAAUGUUUCUUGUAUUGCAAUGGCUUAAUGGAUCACUUAUGUCCGUGUGACUCGAAAUCACCAUUUAUUGGUUUAAAACCUCAACAACAUUUGAAUGGCACAAUAGAUGCCUUUAUUAAAAUAAGUCGAGCGGAAGGUAUAAGUUCCUUGUGGUCUGGUCUUAGUCCUACAUUAGUAUCGGCAUUGCCAUCCACUAUAAUUUACUUCGUUGCUUAUGAACAAUUUAAAGCCCGUUACAUGGAAUUCCAUUACACAUAUUUGGCCGAAGUAAAGGGUUCACCGAUGGGUCGUGAUGUACCAUUCCUUAUUCCGUUAUUAUCGGGUGUUACGGCGCGUAUAUGUGCCGUGACAGUAGUUAGUCCUGUUGAGCUCAUUCGCACUAAGAUGCAAUCAGAGAAAAUGACAUACGCACAAAUGAACUCUGCUGUAAGGAAUGUAAUACAAACACAAGGCAUAUGGGGUUUGUGGCGUGGUCUGCCACCAACCAUAUUACGAGAUGUACCGUUUUCUGGCAUAUACUGGACAUGUUAUGAAAAAAUUAAAUCGCAUUUUAAUGUCAAAGAACCUUCGUUUGGUUUUAGUUUUUUAGCUGGAUUCAUAUCUGGUUCGUUGGCAGCUACCUUUACUACACCUUUUGAUGUUAUUAAAACUCACGAGCAAAUCGAGUUUGGUGAAAAAGUUAUUUUUGCAGAAAAACCUGAAAAACAAGUUCCUAGUCGUACAAUUAGUCAACGUUUAUCCAGCAUAUACGCUGUCAGCGGCAUGCGAGGUAUUUUUGCCGGUCUUGGACCACGCCUUUUCAAGGUAGCACCAGCUUGUGCUAUCAUGAUUUCCACAUUCGAAUAUAGCAAGUCCUUUUUCUAUCAUUACAACGUAAACCAGUACAAUGACCAAUUAUUAUCGGCGAACAAACUGACGAACAAAAAUGAGGUUUAGUUUAAAAAUUAAUUUAAUUUUAAUUUAUUGUUAUUACAGCUUUUCGGUUUAUUUUUGUUUUGUACAGUUAAUUAUAGUCUCCUUAUUUAGGAUUAUAUGCUAAUGUAGAUAUGUGCUCUCGUUUUCUUUAAAUAACUCAAACAAUUUGCAGAUGCUUUAGACUUGUUCGAUUUUUUUUUUUUGGUGUUUUUACUUCUGGAACCGUACGACACAGUAGCCAAAGUAUUUAAUUCACCAAUA